AAAGUUGAACAUUUCAAACCUUGACGGUUUUGAUGGUCAUGGUGAUAAGACGAUUGAAAACGAAAAGCUGAAAACCAAAUUUUGGAAACACCCAUGAAUUUACCACAAAGCCUGGUGAUAAGAAGUUACACAUUUACGCUUCUGAAGUUUAAAAAAAUGCUCCAGCUCCAAAAAUUUAAUUCAGAAAGCACUGAGUGCCAAAUCUCCCCAACUUAUCAUAGAACCAUACAGAACACAAGGCAGCCAUUUGGCCCAUGGCACCUGCAUCAGUUCUUUGAAAGAGCCACCCAGUUAGCAGCAUAGGGUUGGAAUCAGCUUGUGGUGAGUCAACUGCAGUCAGACCAGGUGAAAAGCAUAGUUUGUGUGCCAGCUUGGUGGAGCUGCAGAGGUCUCAAUGAGAACUUUGAUGUGGCGGUGUAUAGGAGAACGUGGAUGGGCAUGCAUAUCGAGAUGUUUGAUGCAUUAGCAGGCCUGCGACAGAUCGUCCUGUCACUGUCGAGGGGCAUGAAAAAACCUGGUACAAGGCUUCAUUUAGCGCUUGAAGCCCAUCCUUUCCAGAAUGGAAGUGGUUGCCAAUUCCAAGACAGCGCCAGAGUAACCCUGCCAUGAUUCAGCAUUUGGUAGUCAAUGUCUCAAUUUACAGUGCCCUCCGACAGGUUACAAGGAUUACUGAAGCAAAGCCCUGACACAAUGCCAAAGGCUCUGUGCUGCACGAACCUGUUAUCCUUUCUCAAGAUGACACCAUUUGAGCUCUAUCUAUUGCCUUUCAGCCAGCCAGUCCAGAUUGCUGUCACCUAUACAGAGAUGCAGUGGUCCAAAGCCAGUCCCAUAAGGCCCAGAGCUGUUUGGAAGACUAUCUACAGUCCCCCCAACGAAAGCCAUGGUGCAGCAACAGGGGUAACAAUGCCUCGGAGCACUAGGACAGACAAAGGCAUCCAUAAGACAGGCACUGAGACUCUAUUAUCUCUAGAACUGGCUACAAAGAGUCAUUAAGAUGUCCACUGAAUCUUCUGAAGGUGAGAAGACUCCCUAGCUUCUGAGAGAACAGGAGGCAGGAAGAUACUUCAAAGGGACUCCAUCAUAGUUAAUUUAUUUGCCUGGUGGAACAAUGGCUCAUUUUUGAAAUUGACAUAGCUGUCAUUGUUUUGGUUGUGAUAAGACUGGCUGCGAAAACCAUUUUGCGCAGAACCUACAGGAAGAACUCUGACCGAUAUCACCAGAGAGGGUUCUCAGCCAAGGGAGGACAAAGAGGAAGGUAUCCAGAAAUCAACCAUUGUUCUUCUGAAAAGAAUUUAGGCAAUCUUCAAGUGUCAUAACCACAGACUAAUGUGGAACAAGGAGCCUUCCUUCACUCUCUCAAAACUUGCUUAAACUGCUGAGUCCAUCUGAAAUGCUGACUAAUCAGCUACAGAAGCCAUCGCAGCUGCUGAUCGCAACUCUUCAACUUCAACCUUUCACUCCAGACUUCCAACACUUCAGCUGCAACCAAGGGCCUGCGACAACAUCGUAAAGGACUGAACUUAAUUUCAUCUCUGACUUUGCUGUCGGUUUUCGGUUGUGGGUCGCUUAAUCCGCGAGACUCCUGGUAAUUUUCGCGGACCCUUGGACAUCCCGAGCCUUUCGCUGUCGCUUGUAGAAUCCGUCCAGACAAUGCCGCACUAAACAGGAUACUCCACCCAGUCCUAAGUACAGAUCCUCAGGGUGAUUGAGGAAGCCUUACAUGCAGCUGACGGGUGGGCCGCAUUUCUCCACUUGUCAAUGUAUUAAAUGCAAACUCCAACAUCAAACUAGUCCAACUGCAGCCACCCGGCAACGGAUCAAAGAUCGGCAAAUCCAGUCCCACCAAUUAAACCCCAUGAAUUUACUAGGAGCAGAUGUCCAGCUCUAUUUUCUGACCGACUAGUCAUUCUGAAGUUCUGAGAAGGGCAAAGCUCAAGGAGUAAAGAUCGGCCGUUAAGUGGGCUACACUUAACAGGACCAGGCAGGAUGGAUGUGGAGACCAUAGUGGUUGGAGCAAGACUGAGCCCCAAUUUCAGGGAAUACUACAACAAUGAGACGGUUGCCUUGCACUAUAAUUACACUGGGAAGCUGACUCCGAGCCGAUACAAGACGGGCUUGAGGGCUCAUGCUAUCGUGUUUCUAAUAGUUUGUGUUUUUAUAAUAUUGGAGAACUUGCUGGUUCUCAUGGCCAUCUGGAAGAAUAGCAAGUUCCACACGCCGAUGUAUUACUUGCUGGCCAAUCUAACUCUAUCUGACCUGCUGGCAGGGAUCGCUUAUACGGUCAACAUUUUGCUGUCCGGUGCUAACACUCUGAAGCUGACCCCAGUUUUGUGGUUCUUGAGAGAGGGAGGUGUUUUUAUCACACUCACAGCCUCGGUCUUCAGUCUCCUGGCCAUCGCAGUGGAGAGGCAUGUCACCAUGGUGAGGAUGCAAUUGUACAAUGCAGAUAAGAAAUGCCGGACGCGUCUCUUUGUGGCUGCAGACUGGACACUCUCAGUGUUCCUCGGAAUUCUCCCAAUUUUAGGGUGGAAUUGUAUUGGGAACUUGUCAAAAUGUUCCACGGUGCUGCCACUGUACUCCAAGAACUACAUUCUGGCUUGCAUUCUGGUCUUUAUUUUAAUCUUGUUUGCAAUCGUGAUAUUGUACGUUCGGAUUUAUCGUUUAGUGAAGUGCAACAGCCCUGGCGUGGGCACAACGAGAAGCCUGGUGGCCAGGAGGUGCCAGAAAUACUUAGCGUUACUCAAAACUGUUACCAUUGUGGUGGGCACCUUCAUCGCCUGCUGGCUGCCGCUCUUCAUAGUGCUGCUUUUGGAUGUUUCAUGUGCGGCAGGGACUUGCAGGAUUCUUUAUAAGGCCGAUUAUUUCCUGGGACUGGCCAUGAUUAAUUCAGCAUUGAAUCCCAUCAUUUACACUCUGACCAGCAGAGAUAUGCGCCGGGCUAUCGUGCGCCUAUUGUGUCUGACCAAAGACGGAGAGCAGGCUAAAUGCUGCGGGAUCCUGAUCUCAGAGUGCAGCACCAGCCAGGUGGACAGAUCAUCCCACAGGCAUGAGCCCCUCCAUACAACCCUGUCCUCUGGCAAUGGACCUCAAUCACCUACUAGAACGUCACUCGCCUGACUUGAAUCGCCGCAGUGUCCAGGUUGGCACUGACCUCAGACCUGUUAUCCACGCAGCGGCGGAACUGAGCUCACUUUCCAUGCCUUGCCUUGUGGGGAUGAACGGGGGCUAUGCAAGUCAAACAAGCAAAGCAAACUUGCCCCAUGGCCAAUGAAGAGAAUGGUGAUGUUGGUUACAGAAAAAUAACAGCAACCGCGAAUAGCCAAAUACCAUGACCCGGCUUCCAGUUGAUAUUGAAAAGCACCCGGAGGCACCAGCACAGGGACAGCUAAGAAUGUCUGAGAGAUGAUGUAGAAUAUUCCCAAAAUUGGACCCAUGCAGUUUGCUUGUUUUAAAAUGGGAUUUAAUUGAUGUAGCAUUAAAAGGACAAUCGGACCUUAUUAAAAGCAAAGCUUUUAGCAAUAUCAGCACCACAGACUGGUACAGUACCUGCAACAACUUAGUCCAUGAAAUGGAAACAGUCAAUUAGGGACAAAAAUUCAACAAAAAUCCAAUUUCAAAUGUAAAAGGAAGUUCUCUGUGGCUCCAGCAUCGUGUUGCAAAACACGAAGUUGCCCAAUGAGGACCAUAAAUGCUGUACGUUUAUAUUAAGCAUCAGCGCCAGAAGGAGCAUUCGUCGGCGAAUGUGACAUUCUUUGUUCCAGUCGGGCUAGACGAUGGCAGCUCAGCUCCCACAGCGCUUUAUCACUCUGGAAUAGAAACUUCUCCUUGAAUUCCUGAGUAAAUGCACCUAAGCUUGGCAGGCCGCGGGAAAGGUCAGCGGGGAUAUAUUUCAAAUUCAGCUGCACCCCAAAAUACAGCAACAAGGUCCUGGAAAGAGCGUAACUGCAGCAGGCCAAAAUCGCUUUAAAAUAGCAAGAAACAUUUCUGGUAGAGACAAAAUCACACUGGUCCAUUAUACUAGCUGGAAAAUAACAUGCAUUAAAUGUACUUAUGCAGAGAUCUUGAAUAAAUCCCACAGUGUGAUUCUAUUAUUCUGCUGGCAAUACCACUUCGAAUGUUAAGCCACACCUAACUGCUAUGCGCUUGGUAUCCAGGUAAUGUUCCUGAGUGAAAGUGACUGUGCCAGAGGGUCACGGCUGAAGACAUGCAUAUGCAUAAUCACGACAGGAGUUAAAGCAGAGUGUCACUUUCACUGCCUCCUCAUCAUACACGAACAUUUCUAGAUUUCCACUUUGAACGGUUGUGUUCUUUCCGGGUAAAUACUGCCGUUGCAGGAAGUCUGAAACAUAAACAGAGAAUGCUGGAAAAACUCACCAGGGCUAACAGCAUCUGUGGAGAGAGAAACAGAGUUAACGUUUCCAGUCAUACGGGCUGUUGACCUGCUGAGUUUUUCCAGCAUUCUCUGUUUUUGUGUCCUUUCCGGGGUUUACCUGGCCUCACUGUAUUAAAAUUGCUGGUUGACAGUAAAUCCUGGCCGGAGCUCAGAAUCCUAAGAUAUCAUCACAAGGUGGUUCCUCUAAAUGGAAAUGGAAGUGGGGAGGAGUGUAGGAAAUAGCUAGUACUAUUCAGGACUGCACCAAGUAUCUUCCCAAUGUACUUGUCAACUUGGAGCAGGUAAUUUGGGGAAAGCUUCAGGUUCAGAUGAUCGGAAUAGAUCAGAAGCCAACAACCUCUCUUUUUACAAUUGGUUAAUUAAAGCAACAUCUUAUAGCUCAGAGACAUUUGUAGUUCUUGCCAGAUUGCUUAAAGUUCUUGCUGGAGGAAGAGGAAAUAUGAUGAGGAAAUAUACAGAGAUGCCUUGUCACAUCACUGUGUUGCUGAUAUAAAUUUUGUGAACCAGGUAUUUUAAUCCAACUGUUUGCACUGUUUUCCCCCCCUGAAUGUGAUAGCUUAGUUCUAUGGGUGCUGGGCACCCUACAGUAGCUCAUCCUAAACUUCAUUUCUCCUAAUUAAUGUUGACAAACUAUUCAAUGGCAGGAGGCAUCACAGUUGAGCCUGACCCUGUCCUCAUGUCCACAUGUGUGCACUUUUUUUUUAAAGUAGGGGUCACUGGUUAGCAAUCAAGUUACUAGAGUUUCCACCUGUCGCCAACCGUAGCCCACCCCAAUUCUCCCCACCUCCCUUUUUCCCCACUGUAACCCUCUCCCAACUCUCCACACCUCCCUCUACCCCUCAGGUCAACACAGACCAGCAAUUGAUGAUGUCUCCCCUCUGGGAUAGAGUCACACAGAGCAGGUGUUUUCUUGCUAAUACUAUUUGUGGCCUGACAUUUUCCCCACUUUUGAGGAUGCUGCAGAUGAUAUGAAGUUAAAGCGGCUCUGUAGUCUACAAGACAGAAUAAAGCAUCAUUUAAUGUUGGGUCCUCUGAGGAUAUGUGCCCCUUGCCCAGGCUGGCAGCACUUGAACUUCACAGUCACUUAUGCUGGAAUAUGCCAAACCACUGAGUCAUAGUGAACCCUUCACAUCACAGCAUUCCCACUUUUUGUGUGGAAAGAGUCACUUCAUCAUUAUUGUGUGUCUUACCCCAUCUUGCAUAUUGACCGAAGCAAUUCAGCUGCACUGCCCAGGGAGGAAUGAACUGUUUGAAUUUUUCCAAAGUUGAUUCUAAACAAAAUAUGAUAAAGUGAUAGAUGAUAAACAGUAUUUCAGCUGUGAGAAUCAUGGAUGAGAAUGUUUAAUUUAAAUGCUUUGCUCUGAAAUUUCGAAUAAAAUUUUAUUGCUCAA